AUGAACGUGGAAAGCUGCGCCGAUUGGGCACCAAUUGAUGCACUAUUGGAAAGAACUGAUACAAGCGCAAACCCACGAAACCCAGUGAGCCACUUGGUAGCGACAACUCCGACAGACAGUGACAUCGUCUUUGGACGAGGCUCAGGAAGUCACAACCACCACGGCAAUGUUUCGCUUCGAAAAGAAGUCAAGCAACUUUUGGUGGUUCACAAAAAGCUACCAAAACCAGGAAAAAUUAAAUUGGUCCAAGACUUGAUUGCUUCUCGACAGUCUCUUGGUGCCCGAUUCCUUGAGAAAGACGAAGCUGGUGACUGGUAUGAGGUGAAGGAUGAUCCCAAGAAGCUACAUAAAAAAGUGUCACAUUGCUUUCGCACCGAGAAGGAGUCGGCACAGAAGAGAUCGGAAAUGAAGUUGGCAAAGAAGCCGGCGACGAAGCAGGCGAAGAAACCAAGGAAGGGAAAUAAACAAGCAAAGGAGAAGCUGACGAAGAAGCCGAGGAAAGAAAGAAGACAAGCAAGAAAUGGAAACCCACAAGUUGUUGCGAUAUAG